AGAAUAUAUGUUUACCUUUGCUUCCAUUGUGUUUCGCGUCUCAUCCUGUUCAGUUUUCGCACGUAAAAUUGUUGUUAGCAGCAAAAUGAGUUUUACUUUCGGUAACCCGGUUGCGAGCGUUGCGCCAACAAUGGGCACCACCAAUCCAGUGACGACCGCCAGUACUGGUUUCGGAUUUGGCGCGUCUACAUUCGGAGUUCCGGCUGCUACCACGUCUGCUGCAGCUGCUACCUCAUCUAGUGUUCCGACUCUUAGUUUCGGUGCAGGUCUUACAGCUACAACUUCGGCCACAGCAGCAUCUACAGCAGCCGGUCAAUUAACGUUGGGAAGUUUCACCGCUCCAAAACCAGCAGCUCAGCCGGCGGCAAAUUUGACAACGACCACGCAAACAACUCAGUCAUCUUCGGUAUCCGGUACACAGCUGAACUUCUGUCAGUUGGAAGAAUUCAUAAACAAAUGGACGCUCGAGUUGGAGGAACAGGAGAAGCUUUUUACUAACCAAGCUACCCAGGUGAACGCUUGGGAUAAACUUUUGUUGGGCAAUGGCGAAAAAAUAGUUGCCCUCAAUGAGGCUGUCGAGAAGGUGAAGGCCGAGCAAGAUGCAAUGGAGCAGGAGCUAGAAUUCGUCACUGCUCAGCAUACCGAAUUGGAGGAGUGUAUUAUACCGCUCGAGGAGGAACUUUCCAAAAUCGUUCAGGUUGAUAUCGAACGAGGCCAAACUUACUCAAUGGCGGAAACAUUAGACUCGCAGCUCAAACAAAUGUCCGAAGAUCUCAAGGAAGUGAUUGAACAUUUAAACGAGUCGAACAAAUACUCCGAUCCGAGCGAUCCUUUGGUGCAGAUUGGAAAGAUACUAAAUGCUCACAUGAAUUCUCUACAAUGGAUUGAAUCAUCCACCUCAAGCAUAACCACCCGUUUGGAGGAAAUUGGUAAAAUGCACGAUACACUGAGGAAGGAUAACGAGCGAUCAUUUCGGUUGACUUAUUAUGACAAUUAAAAC